AGAAAUGGGUAAAGUGUCCGACCUAGAGUCGUUCAUAGACGUUGCCUCAGACUUGCUUUCUGCUUAUCCGAGUUCAACUACACUUUCAAUAACUUAUACAAAUGUCGCCAAGAAGAGUAAAGAUUCCAAAGUCACUAAACCUAACACGAAGAAAGCUUCCAAUGCUGUUCAUUUCAAGUUAUUUGAGCCCAAGUCUGGUAAGUGCAUCAAGUAUAACACAUACAAGAUCAAAGAGUUGUCACGUCUUUUGGCAUUCAUCGGACCUCGUGGUGUAAACGUAGUAACAUCCACUUCUACUGGCCAAGACCAUGUAGAUGGUUUGGCUUCCAUCAUGAGUAAUGUCAAGUAUAGCAACGAAGACGAAAAUGUAGCAGUUUCAAGCACGGCAAAUGUAGCAGCCAAUUCAGGUAUUGAAACUCCUGAAGAAUUCAGUCAUGAUACUACUCCUGUUCCAGCAUCAAAACCCGCAACCGCUUCGAAGAAGAAAAACAAGAAGAAAAAGGGAAAGAAGUAACCUAAGAAUAUAAAAUAAGUUGAAGAAUCCCACCAAAUGAUCUUUCCUUGAAAGACAACAUUUCGACUAAAGAUGAACAUUUACGUAAGUAUAUACAUGUAGCAUCUACGACUAAACUAAUGCAAAUUGAAAAG